AUGGAAUUCGUGAUUGUUCAAGUGAUUCAAGGGAAGAAUUUUCCUUCAAAUGGGGGUAAACUUAGUUUCAGGAUAUCAUGUGGACAGAAUGAAGCUGACAUGGAACAAGAAUGUUGCACAGAUAAUGUAGCAAUAAAUCAAGAAAGCCUUUCUCUUUUUAUUUCUAUUUUUCACGAGUGCAACGGAGAGGCUUCACCUAACGUGGAUUCGACGAUGAACCAAAGUGACCAAUUGAAACCUGACGAAGUACCCGAAACCGGUAAUCGAAAACCGGGCCAGCUGAAGCCAGUUCUUAUCAAUGAUGAAUACUUCCUUAUAGAAGACCCGAUCGACACCGACGAACAAAUUUUCUUCAACAUGUCAGUGACGAUAUCAUUUGCUGAAAAUCUCUUCCAUCUGUUCCCGUCCAAGAGCCUUUGGCCUUCAGAAAACAUCCCGUUUGAAUUUCGAUUCAGUUUGUUUGGAAGUCCUAUUCGUUUCAAGCCCUUCAAGUGUUUGCGAAACCUUACUGAAAUUGGAGAAAGAGCCACGGCUAAAUUAAAGGGUUCACCAAAAUGUGUACUUCGCUUUCUCAAACAGUCCAUGCCAACCCUUUCUAUACUACUUUGCUGUGAGGACAUCCCCAUCGCUGAAUCAAUCCUACCCAUCAGAGAACGCAUAGAAUAUUGCCAAUUAGAGCAUCGAAUCUUAGAAAAGCUACAUCUUGAACCCAUCAAUAUUUCAGGAAUUUUCCCCAUAACCUCGCUGUUAGAAACGGAAACGGAGGAAGCAGAUUCAAACCCAGUGAAGCCACAGAUUGGUGUGGUAGUUACGUUGUCUGAAGCUGAACAAAGAACUAACCAGCCAACUAAUCAAACCUAUACCACUGCUACAGCCGGUGAUGUCUCUUCUGUUAUCUCAUCAGAAUGUGCGGAAGUCUGCUCUGAAAUUGCCAGAUUUUCUUCGAAAAAGAACCGAAACCAUCGAGGAAAAACUCAAGAAGACAUUUUCUAUGCAACGGCAUUAGAACUUGAAGUUUGGAAGGAAGAACAAAAGCUACUGGAGCAAGAAAAACAAGAGCGCUCAAGAGCUUCUUACAUGGAGCUAUUAAAUAGCGAAUAUUGCAGACAAGCAGCCGUGAAAGAGGCAGCAUUUCAACGACGAGUGCGUCGUAUCGAAGAACUAGAAAAGCAACUAGAAAAUGCCAUUCAAAGUACACGACAAAGCGAGCUCGAGCUCCGACAGGAAAAAGAACAUUUGAGUAGGCAACGAGCUCAAUUGGCGCGGGAAAAGAGCGCAGUUGCCUCAGAAGUUGAACGUGUGACGCAGAGCUUGAUAACCAAACACAAAUUUGAACUGGAAGCAGAAAAAAGACGGCAUACUGAUAUCGUCAUGGAGCUGCGCCGCAAACUUAAGGCUCAAACACAAAAAUCCUCCGAAGAAAGCAAACGGAUCAUUGAGCUAGAAAAGGAAUUGUCUCGUUUGAAACCCUCUUCGCAGUAAUUCUGCGUAUCUCUUCUUAGUGUUUUGCUUGGAAGUUUCAAAAUAGAAAAGAUAGCGUAAAUAACAGCUAUAAAUUCGCCAGGAAAAAAAAUUUACCCGUUUUAGUAAAAAAUCUAAAAUAAAUAUUGCCACUUCUAUUCUACUGUUUUCAGAUUAAAAACAAACAAACAAUUGCCACUGCAUUUAUUUAAAAUCUCCAUAAAUAAAUAUUGCCACUUCUA